UAUAUGGAGUUAUUCCAAAAUUGUUUGGUCUUUUCAAAAAAAAAAAAGAGUGUAACUCGAUGAAUUCCAGUUAUUCUAAGCUUCUUUUCCUAGUAAAUGUUUAUUUCUCUAAUAAAUCAGAACUUAUUGCAACUAACUGCUUUGUGCUUUCAUAUACCACCCCCCCCCAAGAAUUUUGAAAGCUUUUAGCAAAUACUAAUGUAUUUGCUUCCCUUAGUAAGUUGAAAGGGUAAAUAUUGAUACUUUCAUAUUACAUUAUGAGGGCAGCUGCAGACUGUCUGGAGCGGCCACUGAGAAGACGCCAGCUGCAGCGGGAUAGGCACAGCUGGGGCUGCGCACUCCACAGAGCCAGUUGGAGCCAGGAACAGGCAGGAGCCCAGCCCUUUUCAGAGUUGGAGGGGUGGGGGCCUCCCCCUCCUGGGUGCAACUGUGCAGCCACCCAGCAGUGACCUGGGUUUCCCUGUGCUUUCAGGGGCUGGGAAGUGUCCCUCUCUAAUCCUGGCCCCCACAGGCUCUGAAGUGCCUGCCCCCACUGUCUGGCCUCUCCCUGCUCCUGGUGCCCACUCUGAUUUUAGAGCAAAGUUGAGGCUGAGCCUGGGCACUGUAGCGAUCCAGCUGGAUGUGCGUGCACUUAGGGCAGGGCUGACAGGCCAGCCCUCUGCCCCCUCAGCCCCUCUCUGGACUUUGGGUGCCCAUGAGCAUGGGAGGGAGGCUGAGGGGGCGCUGAGGUGGCUCGAUGUGGGCCUGCAGGCUCUGUGGACGACAUGAUCAAUGGCAGCAGGAAGCAGACAGGCUCCUGGGCAGAAAGGGGCAGGUUCCCGGUGAAGCCUCACCUCCAAGUCAAGAACGGCCUGAAACAUGGGGGCCAGGCUGUCAGUUCUGGGUAGAGUCCGUGGCUUACAGUGAGAACUUAUUGUGCUUUUUCCGGACCCACGCAUGCCUGCCCAUGGCCCGAUCCGCACACGCUUCCUCCCAUCUGAAGCCCAUGAAAACCCCGGACUCAGUCAGACUCAGCCAGACUCACAGAGACCUCGGGGUCCAGCUGUGGGAAAGAACUAUCCAAUUCGGUUGCCUUUGUCUCGUCAGGACAACCUGCCUGCGGAAAGGAGCCACCCACUGUGGAUCCCUCUUCACUGACAGCUGGAUACUCCUCAGGACAACUUGCCUGCAGAAAGAAGCUACCCACUUCGGCUCUUCUGAGAGCUGUUCUGUCUCUUGAUGAAGCUGUUCUGUCUCCUCUCCGCCUUGGUCACCCUCAAAUUAUCCAUGUACCUCAUUCUUCCAGGAUGUGGACAAGAACUUAGGACCUGCCAAAUGGUGGGACUGAAAGAGCUGCAACACGAACAGGGCUGAAACACCCCCCUCCUCCGCUUACCACGUUAUGGGUGAUGAGAAGGACAGAAGAGCUGCAGCCCUUCAGGGAUCCCAGACCUAGGGGCUCCCCAAGCCAGGGCUGUGACACCCUCUUUGGGGUUCUUUGGUUCCUGAUGUCUCCAAGCUUCCCAGUGCCACUGUGUUCCCCUUAUCCAGAUGCAGGUGCCUGCAGCUGAAGCCGUUUGUGGUACAUUUGGUCCAGCCACAACCUUGCAGGGAGCUGGCACUUGUGCUGGUGCCUGGAGUUGUCUGCCUUGCCACAGCAGCUAGCAUGCCUGGCUGUGCACAGUGGCCGGACCCCAUGCUAUUUCUCUCAUACACUCUUUGCCACUCCAUGCCUGGCUUCCCCUUGGCAGGUGUGAGAUGCAGGCCAGUAGCGUGAGCCAAGCGCAGCCUGCCAGGCCAAGUGGGUGGAACGAGCCCUGUGGGCACGAGCAAUACUCAGGCAGAAGGCGCUGCUUGCCACAGAGGUUUCUGGCUGGCAAAUCGACAUCCCAAGGGUCCCGUGACAAUUAUAGCCCCUGCUUCUGGAUAAAGAGUAAAGAAAAGGAAAAAAAAAAUCAAAUAACCCAAUCUCCAGACGUUGCUAGUGUUAACUUAUUGACAAAUUCUUUCUGAUGUAUGUGUAUAUCAUAUGUGUAUUUAACAGUUUUAUAUCUUAGUUCUUUGCUAAAUGUACUUUCAGCAAAAAAAAAA